AAAACAAGGAUAAAAAUAUUUGUAUUUUCGUAUUUGCAGUCGAUAUCCCAUAGACGAUAAGUGAAAAGUGAAGUGCAUUAUCUGGAAAGUGCAUUGUUACGUGGUGAAUGCAACAUUAUUAUUUUUUAUUUGUUUUGAUUUAAGAAUGCCCAAGGAACAUAGCUCACAUUUAUCGAAGUCUCAUGAAGAGUGUAGAACUAGGUCUACUAGCCACUCUAGACGAUACAGAUCAUCUUCUAAAAGCCCCAUCAGUGUAUCUAGAGAUAGACAAUUGAGCAGGGAUAACGAGCGCAGUGAGAAAAAAAUACCGGAAGGACGGUCUGGGAGGAAAAGAUCGAAGAAAAAAAAAUCUAAAGGCAAGAAAAAAUCCAGAGACACUUCAAGCAGCAAUGAGAGUGACAGUAGUAAUUCAUCUGAUAGUUCCGUGAAACUUUUGGAAAAACUCACUAAAGAAAGGAUAAGAAUUGCCGAAGAAAAAAAGAAGAAAAAAGAAUUGAUUAAAGCUACUGAAACUCCUGAAGAAAAAAGAUUGCGUCGUUUGAUGAAGAAAGAAGCCAAAGAAAGAUCGAGAAAGGAAAGAAUGGGCUGGGACAACGAAUAUCUUCAUUACACCAACAGCGAUAAUCCUUUUGGAGAUGGAAAUCUUCUGUCGACGUUUGUAUGGAACAAGAAGAUGCUGAAGGAGGGUCUCACAGAUGUCACACAUGAAGAAUUGGAGGCAAGGAAUAGGUUCAAACAGGAGGAGAACAAAAGAGAGCUGGAAAAGGUGAAGAAAAGAAGACAGGAGAGAGAGUUGGAACGUCAAAGAAGAGAAGAAGAAACUCAAGGUUUACAAAGGAGUAAAGAAGCAGCUCAAUUCGAGGAAUGGGAAAGGCAUGAAGAUCAGUUUCAUCUGGAACAAGCUAGAUUGAGGUCUCACAUCAGAAUCCAAGAUGGCAGAGCAAAACCAAUCGAUCUUCUUGCAAAAUAUAUAAGUGCAGAGGAAGAAGUGGAUGCAGUAGAAAUGCACGAGCCCUAUACCUACCUAAAUGGCCUCCAUAUCAAAGACUUGGAGGACCUUGUAGAAGACAUCAAGGUCUAUAAGGAACUGGAGAGGGGCAAAAAUCUGGAUUACUGGAAUGACAUUACAGUCAUUGUGGAAGAUGAACUUCAAAAGUUGAGAAAAUUGGAGAAGCAGAAUGAGGACGACAUGGGACUGAAUCGAAGAGAAGGUAUCCAUCAAGCCGUAGCCCAAGACGUGACGUCAGUUUUCAAAGGGAAGACGGCAGUGCAAUUGGCUGCCCUGCAAAAGCAGAUCGAGAACAAGAUAAGCGGAAAGGCUGAUGGCAUCGACAUCGGAUACUGGGAGUCCUUGUAUUCCCAGUUGAAAGCUCAUAUGGCGCGAGCCCGCUUGAGAGACAGACACCAGGAGAGUCUGAGACGCAAGCUGCAAGUGUUGAAAGCGGAACAGGGGGUCAGUGUCAGUAAUGCCGCAGCUCCGGCUAGUGAAUCGCCGUCGAGUGACCACGAGGGGGCUCAUGUGGAAGCCGAUCCGAAACCUGGAAUAUCCGGAGAAGCAGAUAAAAGAAGUGGCAGUGACGACGAAGGAUCCGAGGAUGAAACGGCUCAAGAUAUGCUCAACGAGUAUUUCAAUGCCUACCAGACCGGUGGCUAUAGUCCUAAAUUUUUGAGUGCGGACAAACUGGAACCAGGGACGAUAGUUGUGACAGAAGAGGAUGAUCUGAAGCGGUUGGAAUUCGCUCGGUUGCAAAUUGUCGGCAGCGGAAAAAAAGUUGAAAAUGUCAUCACGAAAGAAGAGAUCCAGCUGCAAAAGGAGGCGCGCAAAGGCAUGUCGGGCGACGAGGCCCAAUUCUCCGUGGAGCACUGCCUGUCCGAUCACGUGUACCUGUGGUCGGACAAGUACCGGCCCCGAAAACCGCGGUACUUCAACCGCGUGCACACCGGCUUCGAGUGGAACAAGUACAACCAGACGCACUACGACAUGGACAAUCCGCCGCCGAAGAUUGUGCAAGGGUACAAGUUCAACAUCUUCUAUCCCGACCUCAUCGACAAGAGCGGAACGCCCGAAUAUUAUUUGACCCCAUGUCCGGAUAACAAAGAGUUCGCCGUUCUUCGAUUCCAUGCCGGUCCGCCAUAUGAAGACAUUGCUUUCAAGAUUGUGAACAGAGAGUGGGAAUAUUCGUACAAGAGAGGGUUCAGAUGUCAGUUCCACAACAAUAUCUUCCAGUUGUGGUUCCAUUUCAAGCGCUAUCGAUACAGAAGAUGAAUAUACUUUUCCAUUUGCAUGCUUUUGUAUCCGAAACAAUUGUUAUUAUUUUAAUCUUUUUUCUAACUACAAUAUUAUAUUCAGAUUAGCUUAUAGACAAUUCAGGUAAACAUCAAUUUUAAUUCAGAAAAGCGUAAUUUGUAAUUCAAUUCACAGUUAGAACCAGGUGUUAUUUUUUGGUUUGUAUUUCAAUAAUGUUAAUAAAUGUAUUAUCUAUGAAAAAAC